CAAAGUGUGAUCGACUAUUGAAACGCAAAUUAAUAAACAAUAUGAAUAAACUGGUCGUCUUAGUUUCUUUGGCUGUGAUGGCAUCCGGCGCUCGACUGGAUCACUUGGUGCAGGGAGGUUACAGCGGUGGUAACGGUGGCGGUGCGCCUUUCCAUUUCGAGAAUGUCAACAACGGCGACGGGAAUUAUCGCUUCAGUUAUGACACUCCAACUGGAAUAUCAGCGCACGAGAGUGGAUCUCCUCGCGCUGCUGGUUCAGAGGGCCCCGCAGUCACUGCUGAGGGUGGUUUCUCCUACCGUGCACCCGAUGGUCAACAAAUAUCCCUCACCUACACUGCUGACGAAAACGGCUUUCACCCCACGGGCUCACAUCUGCCCACACCCCCUCCAAUUCCAGAAGCUAUUCUUCGAUCUCUUGAGUACAACAGACAGCACCCUUCAAGCGAAGGUUCUUACAAUGGACGUCGCAGCAGCUACUACUAAGCUCUUGCAGGACAUCUGAACGCCAGUACCUCAAUAUACCAUGGACUGUGAUAAUCGAAAAACUGUGUUAAAACGAUUUAUUUAUACAGCA